GAAUAUCAACCAUUCCGCUGUUGAUACUAGAACAACGCUUUUCCUGCUGUGAAAUUCGAGAACAUGGCCUGAUUGUGUCGUUCCGACGAGGUAGCCGAGUGAAAAUUGUCAUUGGCAGCAUGGAGCGUCUCACCUCCUACAUCCGAUAUUAUCUGCUGGAGUCUCCUGAGCACAUGGUCGUAGCAAUCACUCGUAUGGAACAUGGACUAGCGGGCCAGUGGCGUACGUGGCUUGCAGACGUCUCUCAAGCAACGUGUGUGAUCAAGAGUGUGAUAUACACUUUACAAAUUUUACUUGGCAAUGGAGCGCAAUCAGUCUGGGUUAUCAUCCUACCAAGCAUGAUGUGGUGCAGUAGCGCAGUGACAGCUUUUUCUUUGGUCUACAACUUUUCGCAAGGGAGUGCUACCCGCCCCACUGGAAAGUUUGCCAAAGUAACUGGACAAAUGGGCAUAGCAUUCCUCGCCUCGACACUUUCUCAUAGUGACGGUGCCUCGACGUACGAGACAUUGAAUGAGGACCGACCAGCAAGGUGGUUUGUGUGGGGGCACGUGUACAUACCCGGUUUCCAUUUGUAUUCGAUUGUUCCGUACCUCGAUGAUUACGUAGGGCAUAUGGUGUAG